CUCGGCCCCGGAGCGUGGCGGGGGCGGUUGCACUCCGGCAUGGCCCGGGGCCCCGCUGCGCUACUGCUGUCGCCUCUGACAUGCCUGCUGCUGGCAACCCCUGCCCAGGUCUCCUCCGACUACCAUUACUUUGGCGAUCAGGGUGAAGGCGACACCUGGGAGCAGUUACGGCUGCAGCUUCAGGAGAAAGACGUGGAGGACUCAAUCCUUGGCCCUUGGGGAAAGUGGCGCUGUCUUUGCGACCUGGGCAAGCAGGAGCGCAGCCGCGAGGUGCUGGGCCCAGCGCCGGGCCCGGUGUUCAUCGACCGCGAGAACCUGGUGCAGGUGCGGCCCUGCCGGCAACGGGACUGUUCAUCCUGCAAGCCGAUCGACUGCGACUGGAGGCCCUGAGUUCGAGUGAGCGGAUGGCGCAGAGAAGGCAGGCCCGGGUGGGAUGGCAACUACCCAGGCUGUGCAGGAACAAAGGAAGGACGAUGGGGGGCG